AUGGCCGCGCCCAUGCUGUCGCAACAGUGCGCCGCCACGAUUAUCACCCCGUCCUUCACAUCACCACCCUCUUUUCUCCGUGUAUUUCUACACUUGACCUUGCCACGCUGCAAGUUUCAAUCGGUGCACAUAUAUGUCGUAGGUAUCGUUUCCUGCCGGGCGCCUCCGGCCAAGGCCUCCCGCAGCUACCAAGCUGUGGCGCCAGAGGAUGCCGGGAUGAUGGCCAUGCCCGUGCUCACCUUGAGACAUGUUGAUGCUUAUGCUAGGCUACGCAGCGCGCACAUGCGCAAUGCGCUGCAAGCAGAUGCCAGCAGCAUGAAGAAGCGCAGUGAGCAGCGCGCGCACAGCGCGGCGCAAGUGUGCGACCUGUUCCAAGUGCGGGGUCUUCCGAGGCCGGAGCUUACACCUCCGGUUCAGCUGUUGAUGCCUCAGCUGCAGAAAGUGCAGAAGUUGACGGACAUCGACGGAAAGGCUCUGCUGCUUUCGGUGCAGGCUGGAGCCUACCUGCCUGCUGUAGGCUCUAUCGGCUCUAUCCCUUCUGCAGCCGUUAAUGCCUCAGCCGCAGCACGUGAGAGGAAGUUCGUGGAAGUGCUCUCUUGCUUUUGCCUGCAGGCUGGAGGCUACAUGUCUGCCGGCGCAGCCGUUGAUGCCUCAGUCGCAGCACCUACGAUGAAGUUGAGGGAGGUUGCCACCUCGUCUCCGGCGCCAAUGGAACCAAUGAUGGUCCCGUACUUCGUGCUGAGAUCCUUUGCAAUUUUGACAGACAUGUUCGACCGCCUCGACGCAAAUCAUGAUGGCGUUCUCUCCCGCGCGGAGUGGCAAGGUGCCAUGCAGGCAAUGCAGGGACCGGCGACCGACUGCCCGGUCUGCGGCAACGUUUUUGCUUACGACAGUGUGGAAAUAGGCGGCCGGAGCACUGUAUGUUUUGACCUCUUUCUGACCUACCUGGGCAUCACUUCUCGAAGGCGGGGCAGCAGCCUUUCUCUCGCUUUGUCUUCGCACGCAAGCUCAGAGCCGCUCAGCGUCGAUCCCCAUGAUGCGCACACCGUUGUGCUGUGCAACGAGGAUGGCAAUGGCAUACCAUGCACGAGCGUCGAUGCAGUAACCAUCUCGGUCCACAACUUUGACCUCUUCGAUAGAAGAAUCAGGAUCCUUCAAGUGUUUGAGAAAGUGUCAGUCUUCAAGUGGCAUGGCAACUAUGUUCCUGCAUGGUCACGGACUGGGAAAGUUGCGGCCUCUGGCGUUGUGAAGCCUGUGAGAUCAUCCAAAGUUUUCGCUGAAACGACCUUCGCCGACUUCCCUAUCGAUGAUCGCCUUCGGAAAGGCUUGGAGGCCACUUUGGGGAAGUCUCACCUCACGCCAGUGCAGCAUGAGGUGCUGUCUCGUCACCUUGCAGAGAAGGAGGCGGCAUCCGCAAGGCAAGCCGACCUGCUGCUGCAGGCUCCAACUGGAACUGGCAAGACCAUUGCUUUCCUGCUGCCGACGUUGCAGCGCCUCCUGCUCUUGGAGGAUGCCCGAUGCGCGGGACGCGAGCUGCCCGAGGGUGUUCUGGCAUUGGUUCUCGCACCGACGAGGGAGCUUGCGCUGCAGUCCGCCAAAGUGGCGAGCCGAUUGUUGCAAUACAGUGGGGGCCUGGUGCGGAGUUCUUUUGUUGCUGGCAGCUUUUCUCUUGAGGAGGACGUCAGGCGACUCCGAGAAGAUGCGCCACAACUUCUCUUCGCCACCCCAUGGCGCUUGGCGCGCCAUCUCCAGACAACGCCACACUUUGUGCGUGCUUUGCAGUCUGUUGAAUUGCUGGUCUUGGAUGAAGCCGACCGCCUCCUCGACCCAUCGUUCGUGUACAAGGUUGACUACUUGAUCCGUUGCCUUCCUACUCCAAGGCCUCGAAUGUUGCUUUGCUCAGCCACGUUCAGUGAGCCAAUUCGGAAGUUUGCCAUCCGAUCGCUCCGUGCCAACCUGGAAACGAUCAGCAUUGGAUCAAAGGAGCCUUCUCUUUCCCAGGCUGCGACGGAAGUUGCAACGCCCGUGCACCAGGUUCUUGUCAAGUACAACCCCGGGGAGUUUCUUGCUACGCUCCAUGCGGUCUUGGAGCAAGAAAUGGGCCAGGAAGGUGACAUGCGCCGGGUGCUAGUGGUCUUUCCGACGGUGCGCUGGCUGCAGUUCUUCUAUGUCCUUCUGAAGCAUCGGGCGAACAUGCCGGGGCUCUUUGCUCUGCAUCGCAGCCUCUCGGACGAUCGGCGACGUGCUCGCGCACUUCGCUUCUCCAAGGGUGCCCCGCCGAUCCGUGGCGCUUUGUUUGCAACUGACUUGGCAUCUCGAGGAAUGGACUUUGAUGUGCAUGCUGUCAUCCAGGUUGGGCCGCCCAGUGACAGGGAGCAGUACAUACACCGAGCUGGCCGAACAGGACGCCUUGCUUCGCAAGGGCGAUCUGUGCUUCUACUCAACCCUGUGGAGAUGACCGUCCUGCAGGAGCUGGGCAUGAGCGCCGAGGAGGUGCAGGUGCAGGCAGCUUCCUCAUUCGAGUGUGCUCUGAGCAGCAUUCGUGGCUGGUGGGAGGAUGCUAGCAUGUCGGCUUCGGGCCACCUGUUCUUCGCCAGUGCAAUUGCCUUCUACCUGAAUGAAAGCCAACGGUUGCGGGCAAGAGCCGUUGAUGUGGUGCAGACGGUGGCUGCAUUGCUUCAGUCCACUGGGUUACCCCAGGACUACGGGCUUCCUGCGAUCCCACGUGGCCUUGCAGCAAGAUUGCGUGAGAAGGAUGAGCUCGUGGCGGUUCGCACUGAAACGGUCCGCGAGCGGUGGGACGUUCUCUCCGCCUUGGGGCCAGGAACCAUGAGGAAGCCGACGAAGCCUGCAAACGUACCGGAAGCCGACAAGAUCGAGGCGUUACAUGCACAGCAGGGGGCCGAAUCAAAACGGCGCUUGGCAUUUGGUCUCGAGAUGUGUAGCUGUCGCUCCGGGUAG